AUGAAAUCCUCCAACCUAACCCGGAGCGUCUUUCGGGCAAUCCUUGCCAACCGACCUUAUAUCGUUCGAGAUUGCCAGCGACGUAUUGGAUCAAACUCGAGACCUCACAUCCUCCCGACUACCUUCUGCCUGUCUCAGAAACGUGACUUCUUCGGUUUGACUUUUGCUGGCGGGCAGAAGACCCUGGUCGGUGCAAAAAAUACCAAUGCCAACAUCGAAGCUGCCUUGCUCCGCCUGAUCGAUCUUGUCAAGGCGAGGAGGUCACAUUCUCGACUUCCAUCCGAUGAGGAGGUCGCAGAUGCUUUCAAGUUUUUCUUUGCCUCCAGAGUCGCCACACCAGGGCGGCUAACGAGGAACGAAAUCUUUUUGGUCACGGAAGCAUUCAAGCAUCUACAAGAGCGAGGGCAUAUCUUGUCUGGGGAGGAAAAAUCAGGACUGUCAGAAGAAGAUUUGGAGAAUGUCUUGCUGGUAUUGGCGUCGUCUACGGGCCGUGAUAGGUACCGAAGUGAUGCCCGCAUCCUGGCGACUGUCGUCUUCGAGGCCCUGCAGACACGAUCCGGCGCUGUUGAUGAUGUAGAGCUGCCCCCAGAGGCUGGGCAUCAAGCCGUCAAGCCUACUUUAUUGGUGACGUACAUCACUGUCCUCGCCAAAACUGGCUCGGCUCAAGAUGCCUUGGAGCUCUUGCGACGAUCUGCGCAGAGCACAGAGAGAGCAAGUCUGCCCAUGUGGACCGCUGUUCUCACUGGUCUGGCGAAUGAGGGCCGAACACAGGAAUUCUGGAAAGUCAUUCGGGAGAUGCAAGACACAGUCGGUCCGUUCGACGCGGUCUCCCAGCAAUCGCUGGUGAGCUACCUGGUCCAACGUGAUGAGUUUCAUACUCUUCAGAAAGUUUUCGAACUACCCCUGGAAGAUGGUCAAGUGCCUACCACCGAGAGCUUGGUCAAGGCGGUGGACUGUGCUAUGAAGAGCGGAGAGUUGAAGUGGGCAUCUCGUUUUGUCGAGGAACUUGAAGAGCGGACGGAUUCAGGCGAUAUGGCCGGAACUUUACUUCUCUGGUAUGCUCUACACGACCAAGAUCCAACCAACAUCCGACAGAAGCUCGAGCAGAUGGCAAAAUAUGGAGUGACAGAUGCAAUCACGAUGAAGACGCUCAACAGAUUGAUCGAACAUGCCUACCUGCAACAUCAAGCGGAAAAUGCUGAGCGAUACGUCCAGUUGGCUGAAGAAUUCGGAUUGAGACCCGACGCCAAAACACACGCUGUUCAGUUGCAUUAUCAUCUUCACCAGGGAGACCGCACCGCUGCCUAUUCGACGUACGAGCUACUUUUGAGGGACGAUAUCCCUGCGGACCGAUGCGACACUCAUGUCCUCAACGAGUACAUUACCUCGUUGGCAUUCUCUGCCAACCCAGAGUACACCCAUCUCAUUCAAAUUGUGGAUCAUAUUCUUGACACCGAUGCGGAGCUGGAACCCGAGGCCAUAGCCGGCCUCUGUCAUGUAUUUUUGUUGAAAGAUGAGCUUGAGGAGGCGACGGGAAUUCUACGUCACCGGAUCGACUCGUAUCCGAUGGACGAUCGAGCACGUAUUGCGGCCGUGUUUCGUCAAUUCAUCGUGGACCCGACGAUCAAAGAUCAACGAGCGUUCAACGCAUACGAGCUUUUCCGGCAUGCUUUCCCGGAGGCAGAAGUCGAGGACCGCAUUCCCCUAAUGCAGUCAUUCUUUGACCGUGGUCGAUCGGAUCUGGCGUGUCUGGUGUUUGGUCACAUGCGACAACGAGAGGAACCGUCCGCGCGACCCACGCCCGAAGCCUACGCAAAGUGUUUCGAAGGCAUCGCCAAGUGCAAAGACAUUGACGGCCUUCAGAUGGUGUACAACAUGCUCAAACUUGACUUGUUGGUCGAACAGACCACGCGCAUCCACAACGGGAUGAUGGCGGCUUACACGGCGUGCCAACAGCCCUUUUCGGCCAUCAUCGAUCACUUUUGGAAGAUCAUGGAGUCUCGAGAGGGACCGACUUUGAGUUCGUUCGCGCUCGCCCUGCAGGCCUGCGAGAAGUGGAUCCCCCAAGGCGCGCAUGAGGCCCGACACAUUAUGGCGUUGAUGCAGAGUUUCAAUCUGGUUAUCACAAAGCAAAUUUACGAUUGUUACGUCGGUGCCUUGGCGGGUCAGUCCGAGUUUGAAAAUGUCGUGGAGCUGAUCGAGAAGAUGGAGGAGGAUAUUGGGGAGCCGCCCGACGUUCUCACCAUCGGGACGUUUUACAACGCCAUCCCUUGGCAAUAUCGGAAGGACGAGGUCGAGAAGUGGGCCAGACAGGCGUACCCUGACUUGUGGGAGGAAUUGGAAUCGUACGGGGACGAGAUUGACGAGGAGUGGGAAAUUCGGUAUUUCAAGAUUGAUCGAACCAUUGACAUGGACGAUGAGUUGUUGUUCGCCGAGGGAGAGUAUCAUCCCGUCAUUGCCCAAGCUAGACAGACUACCUUGGAAGCACCUAGGAAGUAG